CUUCAUCCAUCAUCCCCACGGUCGGCGCGCCCACCCCAUCCCAGCCCUGCGCGCACAACCUCAAACUUUCUUUUUUGUUCCCAUCACCAACCCUCCUUCCACCCAGAGUCCCAAUCCAUCAACGCGACAAAUGGCACCUCCCGCGGCAGUCAUCGAGCGCUCCGCGCCUGAUGUCGUUCCCGCUCCCAAACGCGCACCCGCGCGCUCGCGUCUGCCCACGGCGCUGCGCGUGCCCAUUCUCAUCAGCUUGAACAUGGGCAUCAACAUGCUGCUGUGGGAAUUUACUGCGAAUUUCCUGCGCCCGGAACUGGGUGCUGUGAGCAAGGUGCCGCAGGAGGACGAUGUCACGUCGUUUUACUCGCCGGCGGCGCGCGUCGCCAUGCGCUGGGUCACGGUGUGGAUGACGUGGUAUUUCAACUAUGAAGUCUUCGACGUCUCCGCCCUAACCGUUCUAACCUACGCGCCCUUCACCUACCUCCUCACCACCUACUACGAGAUCAGCACGCUAACCGCCUGCGCCAACAUCACCAUCGAAGUCCUCUCCUUCGCCAUACCCACAUAUCUCCUGCGCCCCCGCUCCAUCGUCCACCGCAACAACGAGCCCCUGCGCAACCGCUUCCUGCUCAACAGCAUCCAAGUACAAGUCUCCUCGUCCAUGCUCGCCAUCGCCGUAUACAUCGUCGUGUUGUGGGCGGGCCAGACAAGCGGCUUCCUAAACACGUUCUUGGUCCAGUACUUCGAUAUUCCCACCCUGGAAGCUGCGCACAACGAGUCUCCGGUGUCUAUUCUGACGAAGACUGUGGUGGUGGGCUGGGCGGCGAAGGCGUUCCUGCUUAACCCCAGUUUUGCGGCGCAGAGGAGUGGUGCGCAGACGCCGGUGGAGGUGUUUGAUCCUAGUACUGCGACUCUUCCCAAGACCAUCGAGCACAACUUCUUCAACUACAGUAAGAGGACGAGGACGCUUAUUCAGCAGACGGUUAUUCUGAACGCGUUCCUGUUUGCGGGUACAGUUCAACGGUGUAUGACGCUCAUUGGCACGGAUGUCAUUGGUGCUGUUGGAUACGCGGGUGUCUGGGUCGCGGCGAAUACGGUAGUCGCGCUGUGGUAUGGUUGGGUUGGUGAUACUAGCACAGAUUACCAGCCGUUGUAGGGGAUGAGGUAGUGAGGGUAUGGUGUGGAGCCGACGUGAAUGUAUUAGUAUGCGAAAGAGUUGGAGAUGAAGGCGUUGCGGCAUUCAUGCUUUUCUGAAUGUCGAAAAGGGCAGGAUAUAAGGAGUGUUGCUAGAUACAUUGGGUUUACUCGGUUUAUUUGAGGGAGGACACAUGGGUGUGUCGGCGGCUCUAUAGCUCAUUUUGAUACCAGUUAUUCUACAUUUUUUUCAUACCUCGAA